AUGAACGAUCGCUGGGCGCGCUUCUAUGGCAGCGCUCAGGGUAUGACAUUGAUAUCAUUUUGCCUUGGUUUAUCCGGCAGCGUCCUUGGUGUCACCACAUUGCAAUGGGCAUUCAAGGAAACCAUGACAGGGCAAUUGAUGCAAUGGCGACAAGACAUUAUCCACAUGCGACAACGACUCGAGAUCGGGGGUGGUGUGCCUUACUUGUUGCGUGACCAAGGCUUUGUGGCUUACCUUAGUGAACUUCAUCGAUCACGCUAUGACAACAAGGACAGCUCAAUGAAACGAUAUCUACAACACCAAUGGAAUCAAUCCAUCAUUUCGAUUGCUGCAGCAUUGAAUCGUCGAUUGGCAAGACAAUAUGAACCUUCUUCUUCCUCCUCCUCCUCUUCUUCAGUAGUAGUAGCAGCAGCAUCAUGA